UAUUUUACAAUACAUUCACCAACACAUACCUAGAAGAGAAGCCAAAGAGAAUAAGCAUGGGAAACCGCAACACCAGAGACAGCAGAGCUACUGAAGGGACUGGGCAUCAUCAGUCCAAUUUGAAACCCAAGGAGGAGAAAGACUGUACUGAUCUGAUGAAGGAGAUCUUUGAACUCAAAUCCCAGCUGGAAGUGUUCCAGGCAGAGUCAAAAUUAUCGCUGACCAAGUAUAAUGACUCCCAGGAGGAGUCGAAAGUAUUGUGCGCCAAGCUAAAAGAGACCCAGGAGAAGUUAAAUUACUCCCAGGAGGAGUCGAAAGUAUUACGCGCCAAGCUAAAUGUGUCCCAGUGCGAAGUGAAUUUAUGCCGGACGAAGUUAAAAGUCUCACAGGCUGAACUAAAAGUGUUCAAGGGCAAGCUUAAAGUGUCAGAGGAGGAGGUGAAAAUAUUUCAGUCCAAGCUAAACGUGUCCAAGCAUGAGCUGAAAUUAUGCCAGUCCAAGUUGAAACUCUCCGAGGACAAGCUUAAAGUGGUCCAGCCAAAAUUAUCUAAGACUAAGCCUAAAGUGUCCCAGGACACGUCAAAAGUGUACCGGGUCAAGCCCAAAAUGUCCCAUGGUGAGCUGAAUGCUGACUUAGACGAGCUGAAUGUCGACUUGGAUGAGCUCAAUGUCAACUUGGGCGAGCUGAAAGUCUGCUUGGAUGAUAUGAAAGUCUACUUGGAUGAGCUGGAAUACUCCCAGGAUGAGCAAAAAAUGUUCCAGGACAGGCUUGAAUUGUCCCAGACCAAGCUGAAAGCUUCAAUGCAGGCCAAUAUAAUGGUAGAUCCAGAUUUGUCUGAGGACAUCAAGAGGCUAAUGGAAAGUUCAUAUCUCAAACUGGCUGAGGCCAGCAACAAGUCCUUGAAAAAAGUGUCCCAGGACAGGCUUAAAUUGUCUUUAAUGCAGGCCAAUAUAAUGGUAGGUCCAGAUUUAUCUGAGGACAUCAAGAGGCUAAUGGAAAGUCGGUAUCUCAAACUAGCUGAGGCCAAUGACGAGUCCAUGAAAAAAGAAGUGUUGGGGGGCGCCGUUUAGCUAAGUUGGCAGAGUGGGCAUCCCAUGUAAAGAGGCUUUGAGGUUUUGAGGCUUUUGAAAAGAAGCACUCCACUUGACUCAUGACUUGAUUCUGCCAGCCAUCCUUCUACCUGUCUAGCUGUCCAUCCGUUCUCUGUCCUUCCAUGAUCCAGCUGUUUGCUGUCUGCUCUGGUUUUGUCUGUCCACAAUACAUAUUGAAGAAAAAAGUCAAUCUAUCAUUCCGUCCGUCCUUUCUUGACGGUGUGGGUUUCCUCCAGGUGCUCUGGUUUGUCCCACAGUACAUCUUGAAGAAAAACGUCCAUCUAUUGUCCCGUCCAUCCAUCCUUUCUUGACUGUGUGGGUUUCCUCCAGGUGCUCUGGUUUGUCCCACAGUACAUCUUGAAGAAAAACGUCCAUCUAUUGUCCCGUCCAUCCAUCCUUUCUUGACUGUGUGGGUUUCCUCCAGGUGCUCUGGUUUGUCCCACAGUACAUCUUGAAGAAAAACGUCCAUCUAUUGUCCCGUCCAUCCAUCCUUUCUUGACGGUGUGGGUUUCCUCCAGGUGCUCUGGUUUGUCC